ACUGCUCACAGACAGCAUGAGAUAAUCUUCUUCUCUCAAGCUUUGACGAAGAAGCCAUGGUCAAACUUCCAGCUAGAUGUCGAUUUGCUGCUCGAUGGCGUCAAUCUUUUCUCGAAGAGAGCAGUGACUAUGCUAUAGCAAUGAAUCUUCUUCCUUAGCUUCCAAUAAGUAAGCAGAAGCCCCACCGCGGAGUUCCUUGUGAUUUGAUCCUUGUGCGGUCGGAAGACACGAAAGAAAGAGCUGAUGAAAGGAGCAUCAUCGUCUUCACGCUGCUCCAACGCUUUCGGCCUCGUCAUCAUCCUCUCGCUGCUGAUCGCCCUGAGCUCGCUUCGAGAGCUCGGAUGCGAGGCGCAGCAGCUGGAUCCGAAAGAAGUUAAUGCGCUGAAAGUGAUUGCCUCCAAGUUGAAGAAAAAGUGGAACAUUUCAGUGGAUCCAUGUAGUGGAACUGAAGGAUGGAUUGAACCCUCUUCCUUCAUAUAUGUUGUCAGCAAUCUCACGUGCACCUGCAGCCCCACCAUCAAUGUUUGUCAUGUCACAAGCAUACAGCUAAAGGGUCAGAACUUAACUGGAGUCCUACCAGACGAAUUUGCCAAUCUUACGUCCUUACAAGUCUUAGAUUUGGCACGCAACUAUUUAAACGGAUCCAUUCCAGUUGCAUGGGCUUCUCUUCCCCUGACUACCUUGUCACUUUUAGGAAAUCGCAUAUCAGGGAAGAUUCCAGACGAGAUAGGGAACAUCAUUACCCUUGAAGAACUUACACUGGAUUGCAAUCAGCUAGAAGGUCUGAUACCUGCAUCCAUUGGUAACCUCAUCAACUUAAAUUACCUUCGUCUCUCUGCAAACAACCUGAAUGGGGAGUUGCCAGAUUCACUUGGCAAACUAACAAACCUAAAAGAAUUCAUAAUCGAUGGGAAUCCAAUCUCUGGCAAGAUUCCAAGCUUCAUUGGUAACUGGACAAAGCUCCAAAGACUAGACAUGCAAGGAACAUUGAUGGAGGGGCCGUUUCCUCCCACCAUCUCAAAUUUGACUUCUAUUCAACAGUUGAGGGUAUCUGAUCUGAGAGGUGGUCUUGGGACUUUUCCAGCACUACAAAAUAUGAACAAAAUGGAAAGACUGGUUCUCCGAAACUUAUCUAUAUCUGGUGAACUUCCUGAUUUUAUUGCAGAGAUGCCUACUAUUAAAACCUUAGAUGUGAGCUUUAACAACUUGAGCGGUCCAAUUCCAAGCAGCUACGAUAUAUUGAGGAGAUCAAUAAAUUACAUGUACCUUACAAGUAACAUGCUUAAUGGAACAAUACCAGACUGGAUCUUGGGAAGCGAUAAGAACCUGGACCUUUCUUAUAACACUUUCACAGGAUCACCUAUACCAUCCAAUUGUCAUCAAGGCAACCUGAAUCUGGUUUCCAGUUAUUCAUCCACACACAAUAACUUGGUCAACUCAUGUUUAAGGCGAAAUCUCCCAUGUUCUGAAAAGGCGAGAAAUUGCAACUUGUUUAUAAAUUGUGGAGGUGAGAAGGCAUUUGUUGAUGGCAAUGAAUUUGAAGCAGAUAUAAAUCAGUUGGGACCUGCACAAUAUGCCUCUACUGAGAAAUGGGCAUACAGCUCCACGGGUGACUUUGUGGACAAUCGUGAUGAAAAAUAUAUUGCUAAAAAUGCAUCAUUAUUGAACAUGACCAAUUCAGAGUUGUACAAGACAGCUCGGCUCAGUCCUCUCUCCCUUAAAUACUAUGGCCUCUGCUUACAAGAGGGUAACUAUACAGUGAAGCUCCACUUUGCUGAAAUAAUGUUUACUGAUGACCAAAAUUAUUCAAGCUUAGGACAACGAAUAUUUGAUGUAUCAAUACAGGGAAAUAAGGUUUUGAGAGACUAUAAUAUUGCAAAAGAAGCUAAUGGAACUGGAAAGGAAAAAAUUGAGGUCUUCAGUGAUACUUAUGUAGAUGCAGAUGGCACUUUGGAAAUUCACUUCCAGUGGGCUGGGAAAGGGACACAUUCCAUACCACAUAGAAGUGUUUAUGGACCUCUUAUAUCAGCCAUUUCUGUCACCCCAAAUUUCUCACUCGAUCGGUGUACUGAAGCUUCUCGACAAAAAUUAUCUACUGGGGCUAUUUUGGGAAUUGUUUCUGCUGCUUGUGUUGUAAUAGUGUUGAUCAUAUUCCUAAUUUUGUCUCGCUCAAGAAGAAAGAACCCAGAUCAUAAUGAGCUUAGACGCCUAGAGUUGGUUACCGGAUACUUCAGUUAUAAGCAAAUCAAAACUGCCACCAAAAACUUCGACAUUGCAAACAAGAUAGGCGAAGGAGGGUUUGGUCCUGUUUACAAGGGUGUGCUUCCAGAUGGUACACUAAUUGCUGUUAAACAGCUCUCUUCUAAGUCAAAGCAAGGGAAUCGUGAAUUUGUCAAUGAGAUAGGCAUGAUAUCUGCAUUACAGCACCCAAAUCUUGUAAAACUCUAUGGAUGUUGUAUUGAAGGAAAUCAACUAUUGCUAAUAUAUGAGUACAUGGAAAACAACAGUCUUGCCCAUUCUCUGUUUGGUUCUGAACAAAAUCGGCCGAGACUUGAUUGGAAGACAAGGUGCAACAUUUGCCUGGGUGUAGCAACAGGCUUGGCAUAUCUCCAUGAGGAAUCAAGGUUAAAGAUUGUUCACAGAGACAUCAAAGCAACCAAUAUUCUGCUUGAUAAAAAUUUUAAUGCAAAAAUAUCAGACUUUGGCUUGGCUAAGCUUGACGAAGAAGAGAAUACACAUAUCAGCACCAGAAUAGCAGGAACAAGGGGAUACAUGGCUCCUGAAUAUGCAUUGAGGGGUUACUUGACGGACAAAGCAGAUGUGUAUAGUUUUGGUGUGGUCUUGUUAGAAAUUGUCAGUGGAAUCUGCAACACAAAUUAUUGGCAAAAGAAAGACCUCAUGUUUCUUCUUGACUGGGCUUAUGUUCUCCAGGAGCAAGGAAACCUGCUUGAGCUUGUUGACCCAGUCCUAGGUUCAGAGUACUCCAAGGAAGAGGCAUUGCGGAUUUUGAACUUGGCUCUUGCAUGCACCAAUCCAUCGCCAACUCGAAGACCCAUGAUGUCCAAUGUGGUGAGCAUACUUGACGGCAGAACAGCCAUGGAUUUCCCAGCCGUGGAACAGACAGCCUCCGGUAGCCUGGAUCUGAGAUUGCGGGUGCCGGAGAACAUCCCUUCCAAUGAACAAUCGUCGAUGGAAAUCUUGAUGGCCGAAGAGAUUUCUAAAGAAGAGAGCAGUUUGCGCUCGUCGGCAACCAUGCCUCGUGUUGCCACAUGAGUCAGACUCCGAGCAGGAGCAAUUGUUUCAUGGAUCAGACUUGCCAUGGACCAUUUCAUUGUCUUCGGUCACUAUCAUUCUAUGUUGUUGUUGUAUGAUGGGAUGUUAACAGUAGACACUCAAAGGUGUAUAGAAUUUAGAACUGAUUAAGUCAUCCAAAUUUUGUUUGAUACGCAUAAACUGCGCUUCUGGAUGAUAUUUUCAACA